AACCACAUCUUUGAUCAAAACUUUAUAUUUCCUCUUUAACAAUGGCCCGAUGCAGCUCUUGCAACCAUAACUUGGUCCCGAGAUCCUCAGCCAAGCUAAUACUGAGAGACGGGACCUUAAAAGACUUCGAUACCCCGGUUAAGAUCUCUCAUUUCUUGGACAUCGAUCCCUCAUCUUUUAUUUGCGAUUCCGAUAAUAUGGAAUUCAAUAACUAUGUUUCUGCCUUAAAAGCUAACGAUGAGCUCCGGUUGGGUCACCUUUACUUCGCACUACCGAUCAGCUGGUUGAAACACCCUAUCCGGCCAGCUGACAUGGCAGGGUUAGCUGUGAAAGCAAGUUCUGCGUUCAUGAUGAGCAAUGGAGGAGGUGGCGGCGGUUUAGUUCAAUGCGAUUGUGCGUUGGGAGUUAACGAUUAUAGCUCGUCGAGGAAAGUGAAGAAAGCGAAAGGAGAUGGACGGAGGCGGAAAUAUUAUAGAUCGGAGGAUUUGAGUGUUAUACCGGAAUAGUAGUGUUGAGGAAGAAUUUAGAAGAAUGGCAGUUUGGAAAAUAAGGGUUUGAAAAUUGAAAGAGAUUGUUUAGUAGUUAGCUAGGACCCAUAAUUAAAUUAAAUGUGGAGAAUUCCUUGUUCUUAGAUGGCUCAUAAAUGUAUGUUAUACUAUAAAAUAGCAACUAUUCAUUUUGAUAAUUAUUUUGUUUAGGUGUA